AUGGAGAAGGCUCCCGAGCCGGCGCAAACCCAACCUACUGCUGAGGAGCCGGUGAAAUCGAUCGAGGAUGACAAUACCAGGGGUGAUGGCGCGGCGCCUGCGAGUACUGUCACCGAAGAACAAUGGAGGUCGAUGAUGGAUGUUACCUUGGCGAUCUAUGAGGUUAGGGAAGAAGAUGGACACGACCCAUCGCGAUUGUUCCAUCGCAGCGUCAACAAGCGCAAUGUCCCCGACUAUUACGAGAUCAUCAAGGAACCCAUGGCGCUUAGUAUCUUGAAGGCAAAGAUCAAUAAACGCGAGUACAAACAGUUUUCUGAAUUUGUGCGCGACUGUGCUUUGAUCCCUCAUAACGCUCAGACGUAUAACCGUCCAAAGUCCCAGGCGUAUGAAGACGCGCUCGUAAUCAAGGAAGUGUUCGCUGCGGAGUUCCAAACACUCAAGAACAAGGGGAUUAUCACGGCUGAGGAAGCCGAGCUUCCGGACCUAGGGGAGAUUCCUGAAGCGGACCCUCUCCCCGAAGAAGAGGGGGAGGAAGAGGACGAAGACGAAGAGGACGAAGAGGAUGAAGACGACUCCGAUGACGAUGGCCGACGGAAGAAGAAACGCGGUCCUCGCCCCGGGCCCAAACCGCACGGUGCGAAGGAAGAUAGCCACAAAUCGAACGAUCCGGAGCUGAGAAAGAAACGAGGCCGACCACCACGUGUCGACACCCCUAUGGAGGCUAGGAUAAAAGCAAUUUUGAAAGGGAUCCGAAAGCUGAAAGGGCCAAACAGCCAGCUGAAAGUACGGCACUUCGAGCGUUUGCCGGACAAGGCCACUUACCCGGACUACUAUGUGGAAAUCAAAGAACCCAUCGCGAUCGACAUCAUCAAGAGGAAAUCAAAGCGGAAGAAGUACAACUCAGUGGAUCAUUUUAUGAGGGAUAUGGACUUGAUGUUCAAUAAUGCCAAGGCCUAUAACCAACCAGACAGCCAGAUAUACAGAGACGCUGUUGAUCUGCAGGCGGAGGCACGGAAACUUGCUGAGCACGAGAAGAAGAAACCGGACAGUGAAUACCUGAUGGAAGAUGGACGGUUGCCUCUGCCGGACGGCAUACUCCACAAGGGUGAGAUGUGGAAGGUCGGUGAUUGGGUCCAUAUCCAAAAUCCCAACGACGUGACAAAACCGAUCGUGGCGCAAAUCUAUCGAACAUGGCAGGACGCCGCGGGCGAGAAAUGGAUAAACGCCUGUUGGUACUAUCGGCCGGAGCAGACUGUUCAUCACUUUGAAAAACACUUUUAUCCCAACGAGGUGGUUAAAACCGGCCAGUACCGAGACCACCGCGUGGGGGAGAUUGUUGACCGGUGCUUCGUGAUGUUUUUCACCCGCUACAAUCGUGGGCGGCCUAGAGGUCUCCCGCUCGAUAAGGAUGUUUACGUCUGCGAAGCCCGGUAUAACGAAGAGAAACACAAGCUGAACAAAAUCAAGACCUGGGCAAGUUGCCUGCCGGACGAGGUGCGAGAAAAGGACUAUGAGAUGGAUCUGUUCGAUGUCCCUAGGCGGAUCAAGAAGAUUCCCAGCCCGAUUAAACACCUGCUUAAGGACGACGCAAAAGAGACAGAUGAUCUUCCGAAACCGACCUGGGGCGCGGACAAUGCACCGCCCAUUGUCGGCGCAGUUCACCGACGCCCACGCGAUGAAAACGAAUCCCCACCCCCGGAACCAACUCCGACGCCGCCGCCAUCAUUGCCGCAGUCGAGUUUGCCUUCCGUCCCUCGACAAACUCCAAUGAACCAUAUAUCCGCGCGGCCAAUUGUCAAUGGCCAGGGUCAUACCCCUGCGGCAGGUGCUACCCCUGUCCCGACACGCUCCCCAGCUGCUUCGAUUGCACCUGUUCACGGCUCUCCCGUGCCGGUACCUCCAAUCAAUUACCAGCAGCCGCAGGUUCCUCCGGUGCCAGCCUAUCAGCCUGUUUUACAGAGGCGACCCAGUGGACUCAUGCCACAAACCCCACACGCCGCCUCCUGGCAGGCCUCGCCGGUUCCUCAGAGUUAUGCGGCCGCGCAGCCUUCGCCGUACACACCGUAUCAGACGAGUCGUUUGCCAGUGGCACCAGGUACAGCCUACAACUCAAACGGCCCUCGUCCGACCGAGGUCUUCCACUUGAGCGAUGCUGCAAACGAGGCCAUACCCGCAGACAUUCGCGAGAAGUUCCACUGCGAUGACCAAGGCCGCGUCCUUUUCUUUUCCUCUCCGCCUCUUGAUAUCGUACCAUCCAUGCAGCCGAAGCUCGGCCAUUCUCUCAAGUAUCUCGCAGCGAAAGAAGAGCGACGGAAGCUCGUUGAGUCCAGAAAGCGAAAAGAAAACGACGAAGAACAAGAGCGCGCAGAGAACGCGAAGCGCCAGCGUGCAGACGACGAAACCGCCCUUACUUCUCGGGUAGAAGCUCUAACAGUCAAGGCCAUGGAGGCAAUGACGGAGAAUAUCGUGUCAGGAACGGACACGAUCUACGAGAUGUUGUACGGGGGUCAAGCAGGCCAGGCUCGACAUACUGAUGCCGAGGUGCACAACCGACGAGUUUCUGCCGAUCGAGUCUCUCAUGACAAGACAACGCAGAUCCAAGCCCACUCCAAGGAUACGAGUCUCACUAGCCUCAAAGCCCGUGCCAUAUAUAUGGACGAGGUGAACGGGGGGGUUAGAUAG